AAGAAAGGAAGGGAGGGAGGGAGGAAGCCAUUUUUAUUUUUUAACCAAUUGUGGGUAACUUAUUCUUUCCACACUUGUUAGAACCUGAAAUUUUAUAAAAUAUAGGCAUGCAUUUUUGUUCUCAUGAAUCCAUCCUUUAGUGAAUGUUUUCAAUCUGAAUAAUGUGGUAGAAUUUAGGAAAACUGUAUUCUUUUAUUUGUUUAACUAUUGAAUCUUCUUCAUCCAUUCCUCUUCCUCCUUCUAAAAUUCCUGUUAUUCUUAUAGCAGGGUCUCCUGAAUUUUUCCUUAAGUCCCAUCAUUUUAUUAUUUCCAUCUCUAUAGGCUUUUGCUCUGUUGUGUUAAAUAAUUAUUCAAUGAUCCUUGUUAAAGCGCAUUAAGGAAGACUUUAUUUAGCACCAUCACUGCAACAACCCAUUGCAGUGGAGGAGACAGGUCGGGAUCAACUCUGAAUGCAUCAUGGACAAGUGGGAAUGUAUAGCCAAGGGGCAGUGUUGGGGGUCAGUGGAUGGAAAAGAAGAGCAAUCAGGGGUAAGGGGGAUUCUAUCUAAACUGACUUAACAGGAUUCUUACUGAAGACAGGCCAGGGUGGUCGGAUAUCACUUGGGGGAUGGUGGACGAUGAGGAACUUGAUCAGAUAUUGAGGGUGAUCAGAUGUCAAGGAUGGAGGUUCUUACUAAAACAGGAAUUUACAAGGAGUGCUAUGGAUAUGUAGUGGGGAGGAGGCCAGGGAUGCUGCUAAACAUCCUACAAUGCACAGGACAAUCUUGUACAACAACGAACUAGCUAGUCCAAAAUGUCAACAGUACUGAGGUUGAGAAAUCGUCAUGUAGCUUACGGAUACAGCUUUUACCCGGUCAAAAUCGCCAGUAUCCUUCUCCUGGGGCUGAACCUCUCCCCCGGGACUGUCAGGAGGAAGGGGCGUGAUAAGGAUCCCAGGACUGCGUUUUGCCUUCCUUCCCCAUCCCCACUCUCAACGGCUCCUUUCUCUUCUCUUAGCAGCACCCAGCUUGCUCACCCAUACUCAAGAUGGGCAGGAUGCCAGCCUGCUACAUAAAUGUGCCAAAAGCCUGGCCUUGCCUGGAAAAUGGACCGAUUCGCAUGUCGAGAGGUUGGGUCUCGUUCCCUAGAGAGAAGGAAGUCUCUCCUUGCAGUGAGAGCUAGAAUCGCACUUUCUGCCAAGCUGAGAGAAAGACUCUUUUCCAGAGACUAAAAGGACAAGAAAAUCUGAUUUGCUUGCUUCUAACUUUGCGUUUUAAAGGGGGGAGGAGGAAAGAGAGGGAGGGUGGUUCUGCUUAGCCCCACCCCUCUGGCUGCCCCAAGUCCCGCCGUCCAUUCCGGUGGAGGCAGAGGCAGUCCCGGGACUCUGGGGCUCGUGCUGUGCCACCGGGACCCGCAGGAGCCAGAACCGCUAGGCGCCGCUUGGUGCACGGGAGGGGAGCCGGGCCAGGAGUAAGUACCUCAUACGGUCACCGGGGACCCGUAGGGCUGGGGGAUUCCAACUCAGAGGGAGUGUGAUUUGCCUGAUCCUCUUCGGCGUUGUCCUGCUCUGCCGCAUCCAGCCCUGUACCGCCAUCCCACUUCCCGCUGUUCCCAUCUGUGUUCCGAGUGGGAUCGGUCUGGAGGCGGUCGACGACUUCCCAGGCAGGAGCUCGGGGCAGAGGCCGGGUCCGCGCGAGACCAGGGCAGUGAGGCGCUGGCCGGCACGGGACGCCGCGGUGCCAGCCUGAGGCUGGGCUGCUCCGCGAGGAUACAGCGGCCCCUGCCCUGCUCUGUCUGCCCUGUCCUGUUCUGCCCUGUGUCCUCAGAGAACAUGUUAGCCGUGCACUUUGACAAGCCGGGAGGACCGGAAAACCUCUACGUGAAGGAGGUGGCCAAGCCAAGCCCUGGGGAGGGUGAAGUCCUCCUGAAGGUGGCGGCCAGCGCCCUGAACCGGGCGGACUUAAUCCAGAGAGAAGGCCAGUAUGACCCACCUCCAGGAGCCAGCAACAUUUUGGGACUUGAGGCAUCUGGACACGUGGCAGAGCUGGGGCCUGGCUGCCACAGACACUGGAAGAUCGGGGACGCAGCCAUGGCUCUGCUCCCCGGUGGGGGCCAGGCUCAGUAUGUCACUGUCCCCGAAAGCCUCCUCAUGCCUAUCCCAGAGGGACUGACCCUGCCCCAGGCUGCGGCCAUCCCGGAGGCCUGGCUCACCGCAUUCCAGCUGUUACAUCUUGUGGGAAACGUUCAGGCUGGAGACUAUGUGCUAAUCCAUGCAGGACUGAGUGGUGUGGGCACAGCUGCUAUCCAACUCACCCGGAUGGCUGGAGCUAUUCCUCUGGUCACAGCUGGCUCCCAGCAGAAGCUUCAAAUGGCAGAAAAGCUUGGAGCAGCUGCUGGAUUCAAUUACAAAGAAGAGGAUUUCUCUGAAGCAACACUGAAAUUCACCAAAGGUGCUGGAGUUAAUCUUAUUCUAGACUGCAUAGGCGGAUCCUACUGGGAGAAGAACGUCAACUGCCUGGCUCUUGAUGGUCGCUGGGUUCUCUAUGGUCUGAUGGGAGGAGCUGACAUCAAUGGGCCCCUGCUUUCAAAGCUACUUCAUAAACGAGGAAGUCUGAUCACCAGUUUGCUGAGAUCUAGGGACAAUAAGUACAAGCAAAUGCUAGUGAAUGCUUUCACGGAGCAAAUUCUGCCUCACUUCUCCACGGAGGGCCCCCAACGUCUACUGCCGGUUCUGGACAGAAUCUACCCAGUGACCGAAAUCCAGGAGGCCCAUAAGUACAUGGAGGCCAACAAAAACCUAGGCAAGAUCGUCCUGGAACUGCCCCAGUGAAGGAGGAGUGGGCAAGACAGGACGCGGCCACCCCAGGCCUUUCUAGAGCAAACCUGGAGAAGAUUCACAAUAAACAGGCAAGAAACCCGGUGCUUCCUCCAGAGCCGUUUAAAGUUGGUCUAAGGAAAUAAAGAGUGGACUG